AGGUACUGGGACAGUAGGAGGUUCGACGACAACUUUUGGUUGCCCUUGUUGGCACCGAUGAUGGUAGGGAGGUUCGUGGACUGCGUUUGAUUCGACCGCAUGAUCCGCGCAAUUUUUAGCUCGCAAUCUUCUAGCUGGAACCUGGUCGAGCGCGUGGUUUUUCCGGCACCACCACCAUCAUACACUAUUCACAGCUUCCCUGGCGAGCUGAUCUUAAUUCCUCGUGAGGGAGGAGCCAACGUGCCCUGCCUUUUCCUUCCAUUUCAGCAUGCACGCUUCUUGAUGAUGUUCUUUCAUGCCAACGCAGAGGACCUGGGACUAAUCUACAACUUCUGCACUAUUCUGAAAGACCUAUUUCAAGUGAACGUGCUAGCCGUUGAAUAUCCAGGCUAUGGGAUUUGUCCUGGUGCCUCAACGGAGGAAGGGAUCAUGGCAAAUGCAGAGGCAGCCAUGGACUUUGCCAUCGAAACCUUGGGUGUGGCUCAAAACGACAUCCUUCUUUUUGGCAGAUCUUUGGGCACAGGUCCAACAGUAGCGCUGGCUUCGCGGUACCACCAGAUUGCUGGAGUUGUUCUGGUGAGCCCUUUCACCAGCAUUAAGGAGUUGUUUCAGAGGCGAGUUGGGAGGAUUGCAGAGUUUCUGGAAGAUCGCUUUGCAAACCUUACACUUGCAUCGAAAAUUUCAAGCCCAACAUUGAUCAUUCAUGGCUUGCAAGAUGUCUUGGUCCCACCUGAGCAUGGUCGCAAGAUUUAUGCCUCUAUUCAGACCAAACGAAUGCUGGUGACACCAGUGAGUAUGACACACAACUCCUCGUUGUUGCGAGAUGUGGCCAGUUUCGUCAUGCCAAUGACUUCGUUUUUUGCUUUGCCAGACUACGCUUUUGAAAAUGUCCGGGUGCCCGACUGGGCAUACCCGCCCAAAGAUUUGCCACCGGGUUCCUUGAUGGAUCGAAAGGAUGGAACUGCACUUUGGAACUGCUCGAGGUGUUGCAAUCGGCUGGGAGGUAGUGAUGAAGCAGUAGUUGAGCCAAUCAGCAGACUAAAAACCGAUGAUCUCAAUGAACCAGUGAGUUUAGAGUCGGCUGGAGUUCGCUUUGACUCAGCUUCUGACGUAAGCGCUUCCAUGGGUUUUGGCAGCCCACCCAGCGAUUUGUUGUCGACUUGAGCCGCUCAGUGAGCAGUUGAGCGAAGCGGUCGUGGGGCCGGUUGAUUGUUUCACCCAAAGUGGGCCUUGUGAAGACCACAUAAUAGUGAAUGCAAGUGAAUGUCUCUCACAGCAAAUGCUGUAGAGGCUGACCAGGAGGGACGACAUGCAAAUAGAGAAACAUAGAG